AUGUGGUUCUCAAACUGGACCAUCUUCGACAGACAGGCCAAGGUGACGGGGUCAGCAAGUUCAUCGUCGUUGUCAGCGGCAAAGAUGGCCCGAGGAAGCUCAGUUUGCCGCCCGCGCUUUGGGGCAGGUUCGGCAUCCAGGUCGACGGUGAACGGCCGCUUGGGAGGAGGUCCCCUCAGUAGGAACACUUCGGCCUGGAGACGGACUGACCGCUGCCUCCCCAGCAAGUCAGCAUUGAGCUGGUGGAGAUGGUCAGCCAGGGUUUGGUCCUCGAGGUCGACUUGUACCGAAGACGCCGGUAUCGUGUCCUGCUGCUAG